AUGCUGCACAAGUACUACCCACUGCCCAAAGGCAAGAGGAGUGAAGAUCGAGAGAAGAUAGUAGUGCGGACUCUAACAAUCCUCCGUGAGGAUCUCAUCAACCUUCAGGCACGUUUCAAAGGGCAGCAGGAAAUUGCCAUCGCGCUAAGAGAUGGAAUGUUCAACGCCAGUGGAGUCAUGGAAACGAGAGCAUCAACUCUCCUAGGAGAAAACAUAAAGCUGCUUACUUUCGAAGAAUAUCAAAAUGGUUAUACAUCAGUAAGACAACAAUCCCCCAAAAACAAUAUACCAAAAACCACCGCACUCACACUCAUCCUCACACCCACACUUACCCAAACCUAUAAUAAACACAAAAACACCAAUAUCAACACAAAUACUAAAACAAAACAAAACAUCAUCAAACAAAUACCUCUUGAUACUCUUCGCUCUUAUAGAAAAUUGCUGUGA